GGAGGUACUGAAUUUUUCACAUGUAAUCUGGAAGCUAAAUCAAUCACAAAAAUGAAACGUGCAAAGCAUCCAUUAACCUUUAGUAUGAAAUUGACAAGUAUUCCAGAAUUACCUAAUAAGAAAGGACUACUGACUCCAUCACCUAAGCCAAAAGAAAAACAUGAUGCCAAGUUGUCACCUGAUAAAAUUGAACCAAUGGUUGUUAGGUCUCCACCCACAGGAGAGUCAAUUGUACGAUAUGCCUUGCCAAUACCAUCAACUAUGAUGAAAGACACAGUAUCAGAUGCUGAAAUGGUCAGGAUGAUUGCCAAAAACCUGAAGACGAUUUUGGAGUCACUUUUCAAGUGGUUUCAGCAACAAGUCAACCACAUGGAGGAGAUAAGUAAAGAUAAUUUACAAACAGAUGUUCCAUCAGAUGACAAAUUCAUCCUUAAAGGCAUUAAACAAAUUGCAAAGAUCGUACGUAAACUUGAAGAAAUUAGAAUUCGCCUAAAAGACCGUAAGGUGUCCCUACAGACUAAACAAGCGCAUAAAGACACAGAAUCACUGAAACGUUAUGGACUUAUAGAAAAGCAAAUUGAAGAGUUCAUAAAAUCCCAUUCAGCUUUAGACUUUGAAAACGAUUUUGAAACCGAGUCAGGAACUCCUUCUUCAAUGUCUAACCGGAUGUCUAUGAUGAUGAAAAUAUUUGAAAAUCAGACAGCUAUGCUAGAAAAAGCUUUACAUGAUCAGCGUAUAACUGAGUCUAAAUAUAAACAGAUGGAAACUGAUUAUGAAAAUUUACUAUUGGAGAAAAACAUGCUGGAAGGUGAAAUACAAUGGCUGAGAGAACCAGAGAGACCAAAGUCUCCAAGCAAAGAAGAGCGGACCAAGAAAUCCAGAAAAGGAGAAAAGAAAAAAGAUAAAGAUUCAGAAAGGAAAUUAUCUCCAAGCGGAGAAGUUAAAUCAGUUGAAGAACUACAUCAAAUCCAAGAAGCGGAAAGAAAUAAGACUCAGCUCGACAGUGUCCAACAUCAAAAGACGGAGGUGUUUAAAGAAGAGAAGAAUAAAACAAAACCGGACCGGGGUCAGAGUAAAUCAAAGGUUAAAGGUGAAGAUCCAAAAGAUUCCUUACCAAAGAAGAGUGACACACAGUCGGAUGGACAAAAGAAGGAUCAGAUCUCACCUGAUCAAAGUAAAAGAUUUGAGACUCAUCAUGGAGACGAGUGAAUGAAACAAGACAUCACUGGGCCGAUAGAGCCAAAUAGAAUUUGUGGAGCACUUUGGAAGCCCCUCGACCUUCCCAGAGCGGAUGUGAGCAGAGGAAGAUUCCACCUCAGCAGAUAUAUGACAUUGCUUGCAAUAAAGAACAUUCUUCUGCA